UAUGGCAAGGUGUUGACAUUUUAUACGCAGUGGUCGGCUCGCCGCUCAGAGCUCUCCUGGCUUUCUGCUUGUGCUCCUCAGCGCCCCUUCCCCCAGGUCUGGAUGGAGGACACUUUGAAGUGAAAUGACAGACCAGGAGAAUAACAACAGCAUCUCGAGUAACCCCUUUGCUGCUCUUUUUGGCUCUCUGGCUGAUGCCAAGCAGUUUGCAGCGAUCCAGAAGGAGCAGCUGAAGCAGCAGUCUGAUGAACUCCAAGCGAGCCCAGAUGACUCGGAUAACAGCGUGUCAGAGAGCCUGGAUGAAUUCGAUUACUCUGUGGCUGAAAUUAGCCGCUCAUUCCGUUCACAGCAGGAAAUAUGUGAGCAACUCAACAUCAAUCACAUGAUCCAAAGGAUCUUCCUCAUUACCCUGGACAACAGUGACCCAAGCUUGAAAAGUGGGAAUGGCAUCCCCAGCCGCUGUGUGUAUUUGGAAGAAAUGGCAGUAGACCUCGAAGAUCAAGACUGGCUUGAUAUGAACAACGUUGAGCAGGCUGUCUUUGCUCGCUUACUACUUCAAGAUCCAGGCAACCACUUGAUUAACAUGACUUCUUCUACAACGUUGAAUCUCUCUGCUGAUCGAGAUGCAGGAGAGAGGCACAUUUUUUGUUACCUUUAUUCCUGCUUCCAAAGAGCCAAGGAAGAGAUUACCAAAGUUCCAGAGAACCUGCUACCUUUUGCAGUGCAGUGCAGGAACCUCACUGUGUCUAAUACACGAACAGUUCUCCUCACCCCAGAGAUAUAUGUUGACCAAAACAUCCACGAGCAACUGGUAGAUUUGAUGUUGGAAGCCAUCCAAGGAGCCCAUUUUGAAGAUGUAACUGAGUUCCUGGAAGAGGCCAUUGAAGCCUUGGUGUUGGAUGAGGAAGUGCGAACAUUUCCAGAAGUCAUGAUUCCAGUGUUUGAUAUCUUAUUGGGCCGAAUAAAAGAUCUAGAGCUCUGCCAGAUGCUGCUGUACGCAUACCUGGAUAUCCUGCUCUAUUUCACUAGGCAGAAGGACAUGGCAAAGGUUUUUGUCGAAUACAUUCAGCCCAAGGACCUUAGCAAUGGGCAGAUGUACCAGAAAACCUUGCUGGGAGUAAUCCUGAAUAUCUCCUGCUUAUUAAAGACUCCGGGUGUCGUAGAAAAUCAUGGCUAUUUCCUGAAUCCAUCUCGUUCCAGUCCCCAGGAGAUCAAAGUACAGGAGGCCAACAUCCAUCAGUUCAUGGCUCAGUUCCAUGAAAAGAUCUACCAGAUGCUGAAGAACUUACUCCAGCUCUCUCCAGAAACCAAACACUGUCUCUUGUCCUGGCUUGGAAACUGUUUGCAUGCAAAUGCAGGCCGCACCAAGAUUUGGGCCAAUCAGAUGCCAGAAAUCUUCUUCCAAAUGUAUGCCUCGGAUGCCUUCUUUCUGAAUCUGGGUGCCGCCCUCCUGAAGCUGUGCCAGCCAUUUUGCAAACCCAGGUCCUCUCGACUCCUCACCUUUAAUCCCACUUACUGUGCCCUGAAGGAGUUGAAUGAUGAAGAACGAAAAAUAAAAAAUGUACACAUGAGAGGUUUGGACAAAGAAACCUGUCUGAUCCCAGCUGUGCAGGAGCCAAAGUUUCCCCAGAACUACAACCUUGUGACGGAGAACCUUGUCCUGACAGAGUACACCUUACACUUGGGGUUUCACAGGUUGCAUGAUCAGAUGGUAAAAAUCAACCAAAAUCUGCAUCGGCUGCAGGUCGCCUGGCGGGAUGCUCAGCAAAGCUCUAGCCCUGCUGCUGACAACCUGCGUGAGCAGUUUGAACGACUAAUGACCAUCUAUCUUUCUACCAAGACUGCCAUGACUGAGCCACAGAUGCUACAAAACUGCCUAAAUUUGCAGGUGUCUAUGGCUGUUCUACUUGUUCAGCUGGCCAUAGGCAAUGAGGGCUCACAGCCGCUAGAGCUCACUUUCCCUCUGCCGGCUGGCUGCAGCUCCUUGGCUUACGUGCCAGAAUUUUUUGCAGAUAACCUGGGCGAUUUCCUGAUUUUCCUCCGCCGCUUUGCCGAUGACGUCUUAGAGACAUCAGCAGAUUCCCUGGAACAUGUCCUUCACUUUAUCACCAUUUUCACUGGCAGCAUAGAAAGGAUGAAGAAUCCCCACCUAAGGGCCAAAUUGGCAGAGGUGUUGGAAGCAGUGAUGCCCCACCUGGAUCAGACCCCCAAUCCCUUGGUAUCCAGUGUGUUCCAUCGGAAACGUGUGUUCUGCAGCUUUCCCUACGCAGCCCACCUUGCAGAAGCGCUAAUCAAGGUCUUUGUGGACAUUGAGUUUACAGGAGACCCCCAUCAAUUUGAACAGAAGUUCAAUUACCGCCGUCCCAUGUACCCCAUCCUGAGGUACAUGUGGGGAACAGACACCUAUCGAGAGAGCAUUAAGGACUUGGCGGACUAUGCCUCUAAGAAUUUGGAAGCCAUGAACCCCCCACUUUUUCUCCGCUUUCUUAACCUGCUAAUGAACGAUGCCAUCUUCCUUUUGGAUGAAGCCAUACAGUAUUUAAGCAAGAUAAAGAUCCAACAGAUUGAGAAGGAUCGAGGUGAAUGGGAUAGUCUGGCUCCAGAAGCCCGCCGAGAGAAGGAAGCUGGCCUGCAGAUGUUUGGACAGCUGGCACGUUUCCAUAACAUCAUGUCCAAUGAAACGAUCGGUACCCUUGCCUUUCUGACAUCAGAGAUCAAAUCACUCUUUGUGCAUCCUUUCCUGGCUGAGCGCAUCAUCUCCAUGCUGAACUACUUCCUGCAGCACCUGGUUGGCCCCAAGAUGGGGGCCUUAAAAGUCAAGGACUUCAGUGAAUUUGACUUCAGACCCCAGCAGCUUGUAUCAGAUAUCUGCACUAUCUACUUAAAUCUUGGGGAUGAGGAGAAUUUCUGUGCCACUGUCCCCAAGGAUGGACGUUCCUAUUCCCCAACUCUCUUUGCACAGACAGUCCGAGUCCUGAAGAAAAUAAAUAAGCCUGGGGAUAUGAUUGUGGCUUUCAGCAACUUAGCAGAGAGAAUCAAGUCUCUAGCAGACCUCCAGCAACAGGAGGAGGAGACCUAUGCAGAUGCCUGUGACGAGUUCCUGGAUCCCAUCAUGAGCACCCUGAUGUCUGACCCUGUGGUGCUGCCAUCCUCCAGAGUCACUGUGGACAGGUCCACCAUCGCCAGACAUUUGCUCAGUGACCAAACAGAUCCCUUUAACCGUAGUCCCCUCACCAUGGACCAGAUCCGGCCAAACACAGAACUAAAAGAAAAAAUCCAACGGUGGCUCGCAGAGAGGAAACAACAAAAGGAGCAACUUGAAUAAAUACUGUGACCUGAAAAAACCAAAACCAGCCCAGAGUGUAGAUAAACAAUUGUUUGUGAUUUCUCUUGGGUUCUGUUCCUUUUUUUCUUUACUAAAUUGGAGAACCAGUCUUGCUCUAAUUAUAAUUAAGAUUCCUAAGAACUUGACAGUACUCUCCUGGCUUGCAGAAAAUCCGUUCCUAGCACCACCAAGAUUAGGAAUCAUCACUAAUGUUUACCCUCUGCUUCUAUCCUAUUCUUCCUCCUUCCCUUUCCUGCCAUAAAUUAUAUUAACUUCAACUACCAAAACUCCCUGCAACCUUACUAUUUCUCAUCCAAGAACUGCUCAGACAUCUUUGGUGAGCACUGCUUUUAAGUAUAUGACGUCGCAUAUUUCAGUGACAGCUGGUAUUGUCAGAAAGUCCUGUUAUCAAGGUAUUGACUAGUCUUCCUAACCCAGACUUCAGCUCUUUCCCUUGUUACAGCUCUACAGUAUUACAGGGUAACUUUUCACAUGAAAGCAGGUGAAGAAAGGAAUCUUACGCCAUUCUGUUGAUAGCUCUUAAUUUUGUGUUACCUUGUAACUCAGAGAUACAGUGGAAAACAAACAAUCCCCCAUGGGGUUGUCAUUACCACAGAAAAUAGCCCUACAAUAUUUUUAGGAGGAUUAACAGGACAAACUUGCAGUUUUUGACACUAUUCAAAAAAUCCUGAGGUGAAAGAAUAGAGGAGUCUGUUGGGCCCAGUUCAGCUUAUGGAAAUCAGUUGCUACAAGAGCUAGGCUUGAGUAAAGAUGUUGGACGACAAAUAUUGUCAGCAGGAAAAAUGUCAUUUUAAGACACUAAUAUCAACAGUGUAUCUCAGUAUAUACACCAUGUGCUUUUUUAUACUGGUUUAGCGUAAACUGAGUCCCACUUUAAAUUGUCUCUUCUGUGGUAAGAUGUAUGCAGUGUAUGGCCACCAACACACUUAUUCUAGACAAAAUUCUGAGACUGAAAUGUAUAUAGUUAACAUUUGGGCUUAUGACCUGAAUUCCAAGAACUGCUUCUAACUCAGCCUUAGGUCAGCAAUUAACAAAGAAGGAAUUUGAGGACAGCUUUGUUCACAAACCAUUUUAAAUAUCAACUUAGCCCUGUGUAGUUAGUAGGUGGGUGGGCCCCCACUUUUACAAGUUGAGCUUGAGUUCCCUACUCAAUUGUGCAGCUCAACAUGCUAAGUGAGGCACAGUCCCCUAUGGACUGUCUGUAUCACUGUACCUAUUAGGCCAAAGAUACCCUAAGUGACAAGAAAAAGGUAUGGUCUGGAAAUGGAUCAUUGCUUCAUUUAGAGGACAUUAUUGUUAACCAUGGUGUCUUUCAAAUAAGAUGUCAGUUUCAUAAUAUUCCAGGUUUCUGUCAACAGCCCUUGAUAUGUUUUUGAUGGUAUCAGCUGGAAAACCACAAAUCAGAGGGCAUACCACACUAGAUAUAAAGAUGUUGCCUAUUGCUGUGCUUGAAAAUUAAAGGGAGGUCUAAGGCAUGCCAGUGGCAGAAUGUAAGGCAGUAAAUUCAGUGUCCCCUGGGCCCUGAAGGCAUGGUUGACAGGAUUUGUUUAUUUCCUUAAAAUAAGCUUCAUGUCAUAUUUAUUAUCCUCCUCUACUGAGAAUGAACUGUAUAAAAUAAGCCUUUACCUACUUGCAUUUAUCUUCCAAACCCAAUCUAAUAGGAUGUUUUCAUUUUUAAAAGAAGACCAGAAUUUUAUAGGAGAAAAUUGGAGGGAAAAUGGGCACAAAACCUCAGAAGGCAGCUGUUCCCAGCAUCUUUCUAGUCAACAACCUCUAUGUUUGUAUCUGUAUCUGUAUUCCACUUCCGUAUUCAGUCUUCAGAUUGUAAGCCUGUCCUGGCAAGCUUUUUUUUAAGCCCUUUUCCUGAAACUUAUGAAUGGCUAUGGCACUGUUAAUGCUGCUAAAUGUCUUUAAACUCAUUACAAAGGCAAGUGCAUAGCUUAAGUCCACUAUUGGUAAGGAAACCAAAUAAUUUAAGAACAUCCCAAAAAUGAGACUAAAAAAUUAUCAUUUUGAUACAGUGCAGUGCAUAUAUGCACUUGGAAGCUUAAAGAGGUGUUUUGUUUUCUGGAACUAUGAAGCAGCUCAAAAUCUAUUGGAGCAGACUCUGACAGACCUAAUUUUGUGUUGGCUUUGCUGGAGUACAACAGGAAAAUGAAGACUCUUUAAUCAGCUCUAAUAUUGCUUACUAAGAGGAUAAUACUAAACUUGGAAAAUUAAGUAGGUUUUAUCAAGCAUUCUGGUUUUGUCUUUUUUUAAAGGAUAUGUAAAACCUGAACGAAACUUUGUUUUUAAUGGUGCAGGUAAAGGUGCCAGUUGCUGUUUGGUAUCACACUCUACAAAAGCGUCAUUAUUUUAUUUGAUGCCAGUUGCUAAGCAGCUGUUGCACAGAGCAGAAGUCUGCUGGGGUGCCUUUACCAGCCAGAGGCUGAUGCUGCACUGUUGAUGACUUGAGUACAUAAUGCACGUGCUCUAACUGCUAAACAGGAAAAGAACUUAGAAACAAAACAAAAAAUGAAGAACAAAAACAACAAAAAGGUUGACUGAAAUAAAACUUGAGAUCAACAUAACUGUGUUUUGAAACAUUCCAGGAAGGUUAUUUCUUGUCAAACUCACCUGGGGGUGUUUGUUCAAAGCUUGUAUUUAAUAAAUGAGCACCUAACUUAUAA